GUCAAAUGACUCCGCAUGUCUGCCCGUGUGUACAUUCCUCCCACGGUGCACGCUUGAUGAAGAAACACUUCCACUAAUAAUACCUAACGUCCGUGCGCGUCUGAAGCGGCGUGUCUCGUUGCGUUGUGACCCUCUGAAAAGUUUGAAAAGGCGACAUCAAACCUCGACGCCCCCGAAGCCUCCGAGCACGGGAAGGAAGACGCCGCCAAGAUGUUCAGCACCAAAAGCAGGCUGAAGAAGAAGUCUCAGUCGGUGGAUUUCGCCAGUCAAGGUUUCUCCCCGACUCUGGUGCCAGCCUCGCCCCUCAACAGGGCUGCACCACCUGUUGCCAAGACAACCGCCGUCCUAGCGGUGCAGGAGAACAACACCACCAACUCCCAGCGCCGCAGCCCUCGCUGUGGCGAGCUGAAGAGAGGCUACACCAUAGAUACCGGCCAAAAGAAGACCCCAGAAAAGAAGGAUGGGAGGCGCAUGUCGUUCCAGAGACCCAAGGGGACCAUUGAAUAUUCUGUGGAAUCGCGGGACACGUUGAACAGCAUUGCACUCAAGUUUGACACCACACCCAACGAGCUGGUUCAGCUGAACAAACUGUUCUCCAGAGCAGUGGUGCCUGGCCAGGUUCUGUACGUUCCUGAUCCCGAGUACGUCUCCAGUGUUGGAAGCUCCCCCUCCCUCAGUCCCAUCAGCCCCCUGUCUCCCACCUCCUCAGAAGCUGAUUUAGAGAAGGUGACGGACUCCGAUGGCCCCCCCAGACCAGAACCCGUUCACCCCCCUGUGUUCUCAGCCUUGCGCCAGUCCAGAGUGGUGUCAUCCACCUCCGAGGAGGAAGAGGCCCUCACAGAGAAGUUCCUCAAGAUCAACUGCAAGUACAUCACCGACGGCAAGGGCGCGGUGAGCGGGGUGCUGCUGGUGACCCCAAACAACAUCAUGUUCGACCCUCAUCGCAUGGACCCUCUGGUUCAGGCCCACGGGUGCGAGGAGUACGGCAUCAUGUGUCCCCUGGAGGAGGUGCAGUCCGCCGCCAUCUGCAAGGAGAUCACCGACCCAAAGAUCAGAGAGGACGUGCCAGAUGACCUGGAGCCUCUUCCCGUCGAGAGGCAUCCGUCCCAGAAGGACCCGGAUCAGCGCCUGAGGGAGCCGGGGGCCAAUGACAGCGGCAGCACGGCCCCGCGCAGCACCGAGGGCUCCAUCUCCGAAGACGUCUUCACCGAGACGGAGUUGUCCCCCAUCAGGGAGGAAGAGCAAGCGUCCAGCGAGGACCUCCGCCUGGACAAGUCCUCCGGCGCUUCCACGGAGUCCGUGCAAACCAUCACCCAGGUGGAGGCCACCGGCGCAGGCUCCCAGGCCCCAGGCAGUGCCCGUGGCUCAGUCCGCCAGCCAGAGGAACCGGCGGCGGAGAAAGCAGCAGAUGACAAUCCACCAGACACUGCCUCGGAACACGAUAGCCAGUCCCCCAUGGGAUCCAAGCAGCACAGCGUAGAGAAGCCACCAAGCACACCCACUACCACCACCACCAGCAGCAGCACUAGCCAGGCCCAGGGUCCCAGCAGCAGCAGCACCUCUCGCCCGGGGUCCCAAAGCUCAGCCACACCUGGUGCCACAGACACCGUCUCAGCCAGUCCACAGGGGGAUGCCAACCAGGGGACAGAUGUCUCCAAAACGGACACUAUGCAACAAGCCAGAGAGGAGAAGGAGGAAAAUGCAGAGCAGGCGCAAGAAGACGGCACACAGAGCUCUGCAGAGGGUACAGGGUAUGCUGGGAGGCGGAAGCACCGCACUCACAAGUUCCUGUGUCUGCGAGUGGGGAAGCCCAUGAAGAAGACCUUUGUUUCCAGCGCCAGCGCCUCCAUGCAGCAGUAUGCCCAGCAGGGAAAGAAGCACGAGUACUGGUUUGCUGUGCCGCAGGAGAGAUCAGACCACCUGUAUGUAUUCUUCAUGCAGUGGAGCCCAGACAUGUACGGUGAGGGGGUCAGGGGGAUGGGACAAGAGCCCGGGUUUAGGGUUGUCAAGAAGAAUGAGGUGACAGAAACUGCUGAGGAUGAGCCCAUCACUGACCUCAACGUCAAGGAAUGGGAGGUAGUCUCUUUGACGGAGUACCACCGUCGGAUCGAUGCGCUAAACAGCGAAGAUCUGCGCUCACUCUGCAAGCGACUCCAGAUUACCACCAAGGAAGAGGUGAACUCCAAGCAUGGCACAUCCAUCAAAACUGAGCUGGAGCCGGAAACGUUCAAGCCCAACCUCAAAGAACCCAGCGAUCUCCUGGAGGCGGACCAGAUCGAGAAGCUUGCCAGGAAUCUGCCCCCACGGACCAUUGGGUACCCGUGGACGCUGGCCUUUGGCACAUCAAAACAUGGCAUGAGCAUUAAGACGCUGUACAGAGCCAUGCAGGGCCAGGACACCCCAGUGCUCAUGGUCAUAAAGGACAGCGAUGGCCAGGUGUUUGGAGCAUUGGCAUCUGAGCCCUUUAAGGUCAGCGAUGGCUUUUAUGGCACAGGAGAGACCUUCCUCUUCACCUUCAAUCCAGAGUUUCAGGUGUACAAAUGGACGGGCGACAACAUGUUCUUCAUCAAAGGAGAUAUGGACUCUCUAGCUUUUGGCGGAGGAAGCGGUGAGUUUGGCCUGUGGCUGGAUGGAGACCUUUACCACGGCAGGAGUCACUCCUGUAAAACAUUUGGGAACCCCAUGCUCUCGAAGAAGGAGGAUUUCUAUGUUCAGGACAUAGAGAUCUGGGCUUUUGAGUAACAAAACAGUGCACCACAGGGGGGAAAAUUAAAAAAAAAAAAAAAAAAAAAAACAAGUCCUGCGUAAGGACAAACCGAGGAGCGCUCCUCCUUUAGAACAAUGGCAACGUCCCAAACCUAACUGCACAUCACCAGGGCUCCCCAGGCCGGAAGCCAGCUAUCGGAUGCUUGUUGUGCGUUACUACUGCAGUUAUUACGGAGCUUUUUUUUUUUUUUUUUUUUUUUUUUUUCUUUUCUUUCUUUGUGGAAAAAUUACCUAUGUGUGUAUCUUGUUACAGCCUUGUGCAGCGUCUUUGCAGAGUAGGGGGCGGGAGUGUGUAAAGAAAGCGGUGAAAGGACAGUAAGAUGAGGUUUGCGUCAGCGGGAUGAGGAGGAGGAGAGGGAGGCGGGGCCGGGACCACUGGGCCUAGAAGAGGACCGUCGGAGCUCCUCUCUCCCGAGGGGGUGGCGAAGAUGAUGGUUUGAGAAGAGAGAACUGGCCCUACUGGUCCAGGAACUUUAACAGAACCUCAAGGAGUCCCCCUGCACCCUCUCAGACCCCCCCCCCACACACACACACACACACUCCCAAAAGCUUUGUUCAUUCUGUAGGAUGCUACUCACUGUGCUGUCAGCCUCGACGGAGAGCGACACCCCCGGUGGAGGGAGAGGAAAGCUGAACACAUUCCAUUACUCUCAGUGGUGGUCGAGUGUCAAAAUAAGAGCGGUGGUUUUGUGGUAAAUACACACUUACAAAACACGUCGGCAACAGGAUGCGAUGACACUUAACUUAGGAGAAGAGAGAAAAUUUGCUGUGUGUAGUUUAGGGGGUUUCAUGGGGGGGAGGUAGGUCUUUUUACAGUACAGUACAGUUUUGGGGUUGUCCUCUGAGGCUAAACUUAUAGAGUAUUGUGUAUUGUAGUCCUCCUGUUGUUCACUGUCAUCACACACACCAUCUGAAAGCACAUAGCUAUAAUCAGAUCACCCAUCGUCGUAAUGUUCUGUUCAGUGGGUGUACGUGCGAGUCCAGCUAACACCAGCGCCUCUCGCGGGACGCUGGCUGUACUGUUCGUAGACAGUAACGUGUUGCAAUAGAUUUGUGGAAUAUGCAAAUAACUGUCCUGUGACCUCAAAUAACCCGCGGGUCGCGGCACUUUUGCCGCCGCCCGCCGCUCUUUCAAGAGAGAUACUUGUAAAGCUUUUACGUCUUGAUACACAAUUGCUUUUCUGGGUAUCAUUUGAAAAGCCUGAGACGUGGUUAACUGUUUUACAUGCAUAUAUGACAAUUGUAUAUUGGUAUAUAUGAUUAUAUAUGGGUUUAUAUAAUCAUAUAUAUUUUUUGCUGUUGAGUGUGACAGUGAUAUAUUUGUGCUGAUAUUUCAGCUGUUACUAUAUAAUGUAUAUUACCCUGUAAAUUAAUGUUAAAAUAGUAGAUUUGUUCCUAUAUAUAUAUAUAUAAAUACAUAAUACUAUAUAAAUAUAUAUAUAUAUAUAUAUAUAAAAUAAAGUGUGGAUUGGUGGGUUGCUUCUAGCACUUUAAUCUGGUGUAAAAGCGUCAAGACCAGGUUCUUAGAUUCUCUUAGCAGUAGCUGUACAGUACUUUUUUUGUUUAGAUCAUUAAGAUGUUAACUGUUAGUAGAAAAGCUUGCUGCUCCAAUAUCAACAGGGGUUUGCCCUGAUGCUCUGUGUCUAAAAAAGGAGGACUACUCAAAGGGCAGGAAGGGGGGGUUGAACGUGGCUAAACGCAAGCAGCAGGCCCCCCGUUUCUCUACGCACGCGGUCGCCGGGUGAGUCUGCGCAGGCACAGGUAGGUAUGCAGGCAGGCUAACCUCGGGACGGGCAGGUGACGGAGGGUGAAGGGAAGAGUGUGUGUGUGUGUGUGUGUGUGCGUGCAUGAGUGAGUGCGUGUGUGUAUGUAUGUACAGUAAGAGACCCUCCCCCCCGCGGAGCUUUCUUCCCCCUUUUUCUGGUCUUCCACACCAGUAUUUGUGUCCUUGUGGAAAGUCACAAAGAAUAAUAUGGAUAAUUCUUCCAGUUAUUUCACCAGAAUACAAUGUAUCAGUGAUGUAUAAAUAACAAUAAAGCUGAAUUAAUUGUUGUAACCUGGA